AUGAAGAUUCGAAUGGAGUUCGAGAUUAGGGUGGCUUGCGACAUUAUUGACGGUGAAGACUUGGUGGUUCGUGAUUUGGGGGAGAUCGCGACUUUGAUGGUAGUGACCAUGGAAGUUGCGUGUGAUGGCUGCCAUGGUUCUCUACAGGAGCAGCUUCAUGGCGACAUGAUGACUUUGGACAAUCUCUACGGCGGUGGUGGCGUUAGGGAAGAUUCUGGAACCCUAACACCCUCAUCCUCCCUCACCGCCUUCCCUCGUCAUCGCUUCUCCGUUCAAGCCAAGAUCAGCAAAAUCUUCAUACCCGCCCUCAGCUUCACCAUGACCGAAGGCAAAAUUGUCUCCUGGAUCAAAUCUAAGGGCGACAAGCUCUCGAAGGGUGAAAGUGUUGUCGUCCCUGAGUCCGACAAGGCUGACAUGGACGUCGAGACCUUCUACGACGACAUCCUCGCCGCCAUCGUCAAAUCCGACGGCGAAAUCGCCUCAGUAGUCGUCGCUACUCCCUAUGUCAUUGCUCCGGAGACUACUGCAUCACCUCCUCCUCCAGCAAAGUCUGUUUCCGAUGGGCCAAGGAAGACCGUGGCCAUGCCUCAGGCUAACAAGGUCGCAAAGGAACAGAAGAAAGGAUUUUUUUCUCCAUCUUUUUUUAAUAUCGAGAGAUAUGAGGAUCGUGACCGAAAUAUCCUUGGUAGACGGUGAAAAGGAGAAGAAUGUUAUAGGAUAUCAUUGAAGAGUCAACCGAACGGUGGAAGAAGUCUGAGACUACCGAACGGUCUGUUGAAGAAGGCUACCGAAUGGUCUGUGGAAGAAGGCUACCGAACGGUGGAAGAAAUCUGAAGCUAACGAGCAGUCGGUGGAAGAAGGCUACCGAAAGGUCUGUGGAAGAAGACUACCGAACGGUGGAAGAAAUCUAAAGCUACCGAGCGAUCGGUGGAAGAAGGCUAUCGAACGGUCUAUCGACGAAGACUACCAGAGGUGGAAGAUUUAUAGAAUAUACUAAUAGUCAGUUAAUUCUGUUAGUUUACAGAAUUAACUACACUCUGUAAUUUUCUGCUAUAAUUUUCUGCUAUAUAAACAAUGGUAUUCUGUAACGUGAAGUUUUAAUGAAUGAAA